AUGUCUGCCACCGCCUCCUCGCCGCCUCGCCCUCCUCCGCCGCGGCGGUGCGACGCGGCGGACGCUGUCGAGCGCGCCAUCGUUCGCGCGGAGACAGCGGCGGGCCUCGCCGAGCGGCGCGGCGCGUCGCUGCUGCUUGUGGCGGAGCGCGAGGGCGCCGUCGUCGGCUCCGUCGAGGCUUUCACGCCUGACUUUCUGGAGAUCGCGUGGGAGGCGGGCGAGAGCGUGCUCUCGCUGCAGGUGGACGAGCUCAACGGGCCGGCCCUCCAGCUCUACCGCGGGCUCGGCUACGAGGUGGUCGGCAGGGAGCGCGCGUCCACCAAGCCGUCGAGGUAUGGCUUCGUCUCGAAGCUACUGCUCGGCGGUGUGCGGGAGCGGACCUUGCUCGUGCUGCAGAAGCCGCGGCCGCCCGCUGCGGCCGAGGCGGCGGAGCCGGAGGUGCCUCGCGGGCGUGGUGUUGUGGGGCGGUUGCUGUAUGGCGUGAGGCGCCGUUUGAAAGCGCUGAGAUAA